AUGGCUGAAGCAUCAGGAGAUAAGCAAUGGAAAGAGUCCAUCUCUCUCGAAGAGACAAAGUGAGUCUACCCUACCCUGCACGAGCGCUGCUCCACCGGGAUGAGUGAACGACAGCUCGCUGACUUGGGGAUCCCGACCUCCACUCUUGUUCCUGAUUCCCCACUUGGCUUCGACUCGUCCGCAGUAAGAUUCGUAUCUCCCUCGGGCUGAAACCCAUCUCGGAUGCCCCCUCCAAAGCCGCAACGGCGGACAAGCUCGCCGCGGACAACUUCGCCUCUGCUCAAUCCGCUUUGGCCCAACAACGCGAUGCCAAAGCCCAGCAAGACCGCAUCGACAAAGCACGCAACACUCGAGAACGAGCGAAGCGACUCGUGGGGAUGGGUUUGGGGGAGGUCGAACCCAAGAUUGAGGGGGAGAGUAGCUCGUCGAGCGGUGGGGCCAAAGAUUGGGUCAAGUUGCAGAAGAAGAGGGCAAAGGAGUUGGCGGCCAAGAGGGAGAAGGACUUGUUGGAGGAGGAGAAGAGGGCUACGGAGGAGAGCAAGAGGAAUAGGUAUGGCGAGGAGGACCUCAAGGGGCUCAAGGUCGCGCAUGGGAUGGAUGACUUGGAGGAGGGCGACGAGGCUGUAUUAACGCUUGUCGAUCGGGGCGUGCUCGAGGACGAUGGUGAGUUGGCAAGUUGAUUCAUCGCGUUGAUUUUAGAGCUGACGGAUCAGGUAUACGCAAACAACAGACGACGAGCUGCAAAACGUCAACAUGGCCGAGAACCUCAAAACGGCCGAGGCGCUCAAACUCAAAAAGAAAGGCAAGCAGGCCGGCCAAUACACGGGCUAUGAUGACGACGAGUUCAACGAGAACGCUGCCAGUGGGCCGAGCAAGAAGAGCGUGCUGGCCAAGUAUGACGAUGAGGAGCAGGAGGAAGGGUUCCGGCUCGGUUCGGCCCCGGCCCCUCGAGCUGCAAAAGGCGAUGGGAUGGAAGGUGCGAGUGGGUCCGGUGCCGGCGAGGCAGACGAGAAGGAGAGGGUCAAGUUGUCGAUGGACUACACCAAGUCUUUCAACUCGGACUAUUUGCAAGAAGGCGAGGUCGGGUUCAAGGUCAAGAAGAAGAAGAAGCGACCGCAGGCGACCCGAACAACGGGCGCGUUGCUUGGUGCCGAAGAGACGGCAACGAAUGGUGACGCGACGGGUAUGGACGUUGAUCAGCCUUCAAUUCAGACUCGGGAGGUAGAGCGACAGAACCUUGAUUCGACGAACUUGAUUGAUGACGACGAUUUGCAAGCAUCGCUGGCGAGGCAACGACGCGAAGCCAACAAGAAACGGAUUCAGGAACUGAAGAAACGCGCGGCCGACAGGGCACUUGUAAAGGAAGAAGAAAGGGAGGAAGAGAUGGAUGUCAAGGCCGAGAGUGGCGAUGAGGGGAUGGGUGGGGGUGGUGGAGGAGGAGGAGCCGAUGAGCUUGUCCUCGACGACACGAGCACUUUUGUCCGCAACAUCAUUCUGGCGGCGGCCGAACGUGCCUUAUCGACGAACGGCGCGGUCAAGAAGGAACCAAACGCGACUUCGACUGCGCCGGCCGCUGCGAGGGCCGCCUCACCUGCUGGCCCUCAAGUCAAAGCUGAACCCGUCGACGAGCCCCUCUCGCUACUCGAUACGGCGCCGCCCCGAGCCGGACCUUCAUCCAGUCGAUUGACGGCGGCGCAAAUGAGCGGAUGGGGAGAAGCACGUGAAGACGGCGAAGAGUCGGACGAUGGCGAGGACGCGCAGAUGCGCGAUCCCUACGACGAUCGCGAAAACCGUGGACGAUCGACCUCGAUCAAGGCUGAAAGUGAGGUCGGUCACGACGACGACGACUUCGGAACCUCGGGCGAAAAGCUCUACUCGCAAGGUCUGGCGGGGACGUUGGCUAUCUUGAAAAAGACGGGUGCGAUCGUGCCUCGGACACCGGAGGAGAUCGAGCGGGAUCGGAAAGUCAAAGCCGAUGCGUUGUGGAUUGCCAAGUUACGUCAGAGGGAUGCCGAACGCGAGGCGGAGAAGCUAGCUUCCAAAGCUGCAGGCUCGAGCAAGACGCAACAGCAGCGCGAGUACGAAAACAGAUUGAGGGAUCAGCGCGAGGCGCAGGAGACGCUCGAUCGCUUCAAGGAGUACAAGCCUAAUGUCAAGCUGACGUAUCACGAUGAGUUUGGUCGCGAUCAGACUAAGAAGGAGGUGAGCUCGUGUAUUUGUCUGACUGAAAAAGAAUUGGGAGACUGACUAA